UCAAUCUUUUCAAUCUCUUGUUUUAGAGAUGUCAAUUUCUCAUCAUCGGAUGUCUACAAGUAUGAACAAUUGCUUGGAGAAUUACCGAAUAACAAGUAGCUUUAAAUUGUUAUUGUGAAAUCUUACCUCUUUCUCCCUCCCUCCCUCCCUUUCUCUACCCCUUCUCCUCCUCUCUGUGUGGGUGCACUUAAUUAGUUUACCAAUAUUGACAGUUUAUUCAAAUCGUGUCGUUUCAUUCUAUGGCUAUGGUGUAUUUGAAAUUGCCGCGUAUACUUUACACUCGACAAAUGCUGAUACAUCUUCCAAGCUUAUUAAUUGUCAUUUAUCAGCGGAACAGAAUAUACUUUUGCUUACUGAAGCAUUGCUAGAUACUGAUGGACAAUAUUGUGUACUUUGUCAUAAAAUUCCAUGCGAUGGAUUUCAACGAUUCAAUCAUCAGUUAAUGAAGCUGUCAUUACAAGCUUUUUCAAUUAAAAUUACAAAAUCUCUGUUAGAUUGGAGUUUUAAUCAAGUCUGUAUUUGUUGGGAAGAUAUGAUCUUGGAAAUGAAUACUAAAUUUACGAAUUAUGCACGUCAACGAUUGAAGCAUAACAAAGACUGGUCAUUAUGCGUAGAACUUCUGGAGUUUAUUCUCUUUGGCUAUUGUUGUCCUGAUUUGAAGAAGUUCCUUGUGGAGGAUUGGACUGCAGCCAGUUUAAAGCGUACCGGUACAACUACAUUGAAGGCAUAUGAAUCGAUUAAGACAAUAUGCUUUCAACAGAUUCAAUUCUUUUUACAACGUCUACUAUUUCAUGUCUCUGAGGUUAUUGGAAGUUUACGUGAUACCCAACUGUGUCAUGAAUUAGAAAUAUCUCCCAAUAUAGCAUUACAGCUUUUUCGAACUAUUGCUAUGACGCUACAGAAAACUCAAGAAUUACAACUGGUUAUUGAGAAGAGUAUUACAAAACUACGCGCCUUCUUUAAAUGGUUAUUUGGUGCUAUCCUUGAACAGUCUGGACGUGUUCUACCGAUUGAAUAUCCUAGAUUGAAUCUUACUGAACGUGAACUUGUUAUCAAUUUUAUCACGGAUUCAUUACAACCAAAAGUUGUUGACGGUGAGCUACAAAAUUAUCAAGUUGAUUUAGUUGAACAGUAUAUUCGAUCUGGUGAAGUUCAUAAACCAUUAGAGGUUGUUGCACAAUCAUCUUUACAUAAGGAUACAGAACGUGGAAAUUUACGUAAAUCACUUGAAGAAAUUAUUGAACACACGGAUAAAGCCUAUUUACCAGAUGGUUUCUUUCCCUAUUGUUCUCGAGCUACGCUAGCUGAUCUUAUUCAAAAGAAUAUCGAGAAUGAUAUAGUAAAUCUCAUUAAAUUACCCGCAAAUUCAAAUACUACUCGUGGCUGUCUAGAUGUAAACCGUCGGUCUACAAAGAUUUUAUUCAGUGGGGAUUCAUCUGACCUGUUGGACUUUGGUGUCCACUGUACAUCAAUCAAUUGUUCCGAAAAGUCGAAUGAAACAAAGUCAACAUGUCAUAAAUCGAAAGGAACAGUAUUGAUGGCUUAUACAAUGGGAGAUGAAAAUUUCGGCUUCAAUUCAUUGUUGGCAAUUGAAGUAGACGGAAAUAGUUUUAAUUCUGCAUUUCACGUAUUGAAUGGUGUUGAACUUCUUCUGGAUUGUAUACCCGGUGAUUCAAAUCUGCAAAUUUACCUUAUGAAUUACAAGAUAUGCAUGUCACGUCGUUCAAAACAUUCGAAAUCUCAGUACCUUCGAUCAACAAAGUCUAAUAGCAAAGCUGAUGAUUUAGACGCAGAAGUCGCUUUAUCACGUAAAACAGCCAGCGAUUUAAUGCAUAGUUGGCUUGUAAUGGUACCUAUUCGUGAUAUAUUGAAUACUGCAGUGAUGAAUACUUCUACUGACAAGGAAGAGGUACUAAAACAGACGGAUACAGUAGCUUCCAUUGUAAAUGAAUCAAUUCAAACUAAUUUACGAAAAAAGAACAUGUCUGAGUUUAUAACACGGACAAAUGUUGAAGCGCUACCAUGGCAUGCUAUAAAAUUAACAACUAAUGGUGAUCGUUCAAUUAUUUUUGUUCUAUUUGAAAACUAUUCAACUUGUCGUGUUUAUCUCAUGGAACGACCAGAAUCAGAUGAAACUAUGACUAUUGACUAUCCUGCCGGUGAUGAGAAUUCUACAAAUCCUGUGGGUGAGGACAAUCCUGGCACUACUGCUGGUGGUGGUGGUGGUGGUGGCGGCGGCGGUCGUGGGCCUUCUAUUCCUGCUGGUGAUGUUGAUGUAGCGAUAUUGUUUAUCACUGAAAAGAAAGAAGCUUUUCGAAGUUUUACAAGUGUACAAGUCUAUUAUCAUGUUCUGAUUCUGUUUUGUUUAUCACAAAGUGUGAUCGGUACACGUUCAAUGUUCAAUCGUCAUCUUCCUUAUUUAUUUACCACGAUUGUUUCAUCUUUACAACACACAACCUGUAAAAAUGUCAGUUCAGAGAAAAAUGCUGACAAGACGACAUCAAAGACGCCACCAUCACCAUCAACAGCAUCACCGGAUUAUGAAUUCUCAUUUCAAUCACGUGCUAAAAGUCUUCAUUCAAGUUUACAAGUUUUAUCGAAUUACUUGAAACGAAUUCAUCAGUUGACAUCUGGUACUUUAGGCAAUGUGAUAAAACAACGUUUACAUUCAGAAUUAACAGAACAUGCUAAUUUGCUGAUUGAUCAGUGUACUGUCCUGUUGACUCAACUGAAAGAUUUAAUUCCUAUUCAUAAUAGUAAUGAUGAUCAUAAUAAUAAUCGAAGUAAAACCAUCAAGGAGUCGGCGGCGGCGGCGGCGGCGAAUAGUAAAAGUCAACUUAUAUCACAUCGAUUAACUGUGCAUAAAUUGCUAAGCGAAGAGUUAGAUUAUUUAAAGAAAAUAAGAGCUGAGGAAUUGAAUCGUCAACAACGUCUUGUAGAAUUUUCAGGAAAUCUCGCUGCAGGUGUAAGAUCAGUUACUGCUGCUGCUGCUGGUUCGACUGAUACAAAUAUUUCUGCUUACUUAAAAUCUACAAGUAGUAAUCUUGAUGAUACAACGGUGUUAAGAAGACGACGUGGUCAUCAACAAGAGAAUGUUGGAAUUUCACAACAACAACAACAGCAACAAGAACAAAAGGCAUCGCAACAACAUCGACAUGAUCACGGUGAUGGUGAUGAGGAUACAAAUUUCACUGACACUGAAUUACACACACUUAAAAUAGAAAAUGAUGUCCUAUUUGAACAUUUAAUCCGAGAAAAAGAUGAAAUACAUCAAGUGGCUAAGAAAAUUUCUGAAAUUGGUUAUUUAAAUCAAACCUUGACAGAACAUUUAUCAGAACAAUUAGAGAAAAUUGAAGAAAUCGGUAGUUCAUCUGUCACCGCGACAGAGUAUAUUCGUCAAGGGAAUGAACUUCUUUUAGAAGCAAUUAAUACUAAGGCAACUGUACAAUUUUGGAUGUUAUUCAUUCUUAUUGUAUUAACACUUUCUUUACAUUUUCUUGAUUGGUUCUAUCCAUAAGUUGUCUAACUGUGUGUGUGUUCGCGCGCGCGUCUGUUUGUUUGUUUGUUCAUAAACUAUUUUACAAAUACUCUGUGAUAAACACUUUGACAAUUGGAGAUUAUACUAUAAGUAUAUU